AUGGGGAAGGCUGUGCUGUCCCUGCCCCGUGCGCAGCCGUUCCCUGCUGCCCAGCCCUACAGCAAAGCAAUCCGGCUGAUCACUGUGUAUCUGCGAGGAGCCCAGCACUGCGCUGAGUCAAGACACCCCGUGAGCCUUGGCCUGGACACCUUUGGGGGACUCCCCGCUGACGUCACCAACGACGUGCCCGACGAGGAUUCUCUGCUCCGAAACGACAGCUGCCACUUCCUGGGUCUACAGCAUAAAUCGCGUGGUUCUCCAUGUCCCCCGCCAGGUGGGGACCCCGCGCCGAAGAGGAGGAGAGCGCGCCCCAGAGCCGCCCGGAGCUGCUGCCCGAGCCCUGGGACCAGCGCGCCCCGCGGGGCCGGCGGGUGUGAAGGGCGCGGCUUCCUCGGCGCCACUGGCCCACCUCCUCCCCGGGUCCGGGAGGUGCCAGAAAACGGAGGGGACACGGAGAUCACUGUGCCCCGGGGAAGCGGCGUCACCAUCCUCAUAAAGCCCGUGACCCCGGCCGUGGCCCCGAGACCCUGCCACCUCCUCGUCGCCAAGCGGCCCAUGAGCGUGCUGUUCGUGAAACCCGGGGAGCGGACAAGCUUCACCUUCACCUGCCCUGACCCAGAGAAGCACUUCGUGCUGGAGAUCCAGAAGAAUGUCGACUGCACGUCCGGCCCGUGCCCCCCGGGCGAGGUCCCGCUGCAGCCCCCCGCCGCAGCGCUGCCCGCCCUCAACAAGACCUUCGUGUGGGACGUGCGCGCUCACAAGAGCGCCGGCCUGGAGCUGCGCUUCUCCGGACCGCGCCUCCGGCAGAUCGGGCCGGGCGACCGCUGCCCCGACGGCGUCACCCGCACCGUCAGCGGCCGCGUGGGCACCACCGUGGUCAAGAUCGGCACUUUCUGCGGUAGCAACGGCACGGUGUCCCGCGUCAAGCUGCAGGAGGGGGUGAAGGUGGCCCUGCACCUCCCGUGGUUCCAGCACAGAAACGUGUCUGGCUUCAGCAUCGUCAACCACACGGCCAUAAAACGCCUGUGCAUCAUUGAGUCUGUGUUCGAGGGCGAAGGCGCGGCCACUCUGAUGUCGGCCAACUACCCGGCCGGCUUCCCGGAGGACGAGCUCAUGACCUGGCAGUUCGUGGUCCCCGCGCACCUGCGGGCCAGCGUGUCCUUCCUGGACUUCAACGUGUCCAACUGCGUGCGCAAGGAGGAGCGCGUGGAGUACCACAUCCCCGGCUCGGCCACCAACCCCGAGGUGUUCCGGCUGGACGAGCCGCAGCCCGGCAACAUGGCCGGGAACUUCAACCUGUCCCUGCAGGGCUGCGACCAGGACACCCAGAGCCCCGGGGCCCUGCGGCUGCGCUUCCGCGUGCUGGUGCAGCACCCGCAGACCGAGAGCAACAGAACCUAUGUGGUCGACCUGAGCCAGGAGCGAACGCUGUUCCUCACCAUCGAGCCCCGGCCCAAGCUGAGCCGCAGGUUCGUCGCCGGCUGCUUCGUGUGUCUGGAGUCCCGUACCUGCAGCCCCAACGUCACGCUGGCGCCUGGCUCCAAAUACAAGAUCUCCUUCCUCUGCGACGACCUGACGCGGCUGUGGGCCCUGGCGGAGAAGACCCUAAGCUGCAGCGACUACCACUACUGCCGGCGGAGGUCCUUCCCGCUGCAGGUGCCCGCCGACGUGCUGCGGCUGCCCGUGCAGCUGCGCGACUUCUCCUGGAAGCUGCUGGUGCCCAAGGACAGGCUGAGCCUGGCGCUGACGCCGGCGCAGAAGCUGCAGCAGCACACGCACGAGCGGCCCUGCAACGCCAGCUUCAGCUACCUGGUGGCCGGCGCCGUCCACGACCUGCACUUCGGCUGGUUCUGCGCAGGCGGCUCCAUCGAGCAGGUGCUGGUGCGGCAGAACAGCUCGGUGACGCUGCGCACCUUCGCGCCCGGCUUCCAGACCGAGGUCCCGGGCCAGGGCCUGACCGUGUCCUUCCUGCCGUACUUCAAAGAGGAAGGCAUCUUCACGGUGACCCCAGACACAAAGAGCAAGGUCUACCUGAGGACCCCGAACUGGGACCGCGGCCUGCCAGCCCUUUCCUCUGUGUCCUGGAACAUCAGCGUGCCCAGCGGCCAGGAGGCCUGCCUGACCUUCUCCAAGGAGCGCACCGGCGUGGUCUGCCAAUCGGGACGUGCAUUCAUGAUCAUCCAGGAGCAGCGCACACGGGCUGAGGAGAUCUUCAGCCUGGAGGACGACAGGCUCCCCAAGCCAAGCUUCCACCAUCACAGCUUCUGGGUCAACAUCUCCAACUGCAGCCCCGCCAGCGGCAAGCAGCUGGACCUGCUCUUCUGGGUGACUUUGACCCCAAGGACCUUGGACUUGACCGUGGUCAUCGCUGCUGUGGUGGGAGGCGGAGUCUUGCUGCUCUUCGCCCUCGGGCUCAUCAUUUGCUGUGUGAAAAAGAAGAAGAAGAAGGGGAACAAGGGCCCCGCCGUGGGCGUCUACAACGGCAACAUCAACACCCAGAUGCCGCUGCAGGCGAAGAAGUUCCAGAAGGGGCGCAAGGACAACGACUCGCACGUGUACGCCGUCAUCGACGACACCAUGGUGUACGGGCACCUGCUGCAGGACUCCGGCGGGUCCUUCCUGCAGCCGGAGGUGGACACCUACCGGCCCUUCCAGGGCGCCAUGGGCGAGCACCCGCCCAGCCCGCCACCCCCAUGCUCCAGGGCGCCCACCACCAAGCUGACGGCGGAGGAGCCGCCCCCUCACGCGCUGCUGGAGCCUGAGAGUGAGAGCGAGCCUUACACCUUCUCCCACCCCAGCCAGGCGGCCGGGAGCCACCGGAGCACUCACGUCCCCUUGCUGGACACCCAGGAGCCGGGGCAGCCGGAAGAGUAGGGACCCCUCCACGGGGGCUGUGCGCACCUUGACGAGAGGCACCCCGAGGUGUCCUACCCAGCGUGCUCUAGAAGAGGGGUCGCGGGGGGCAGUGCGUGUUUCCCGGACUCCACCCCUGAGCCUGCCCCCUCGGAGAUGAGACCUCACCCCGGUGGAUUCCAACCCGGAUCCGGACCUGUCAUCACAGGCCGGCUCCGGCUGAGCUGUCCCGGGUAACCGGAGAAGGGCAUUUCCGGGAGCCCGGGUGAGGUCCCUGCUCCCCCUGGGAUGAAGUGGGACGAGGGAAGUGACACUGUGCCUUUUCAUCAUUAUUAUUUAUUUGGCGGGGCGUGUAACCACGCAGCUCUUCCUGCCUGAGGGAGCAUCAGCCUCGCUAGCCGCUUUGAACCGCUGGGUUCUGACUUCUACCAGUCACCAGAUAAGAAACACCCCCUUGUCCCUGCGAGUGGGAAGGGGUCCCGCCCAGUGAGGGUGUGUGCGCGGCUGCCCCACCUCCAGACCCUCCCAGGUCCCCUGUCCUUUUCUCCUAGCAAGGAGAGAAAUUCCCACGGUGGCUUUCCCAGCUGUAGCUGCACUGGACACCGAAACGGAAACUCGGAGAACGUCUGGGUCCUGUGAAGGUGUUUACAUGUUCGCCAGAGUCGCCACCUGUGUCGGCUGCUGUGACACGCUACUGGGCGGCCGAAGACCAGCCGGGGCUUAUCUGCUCACAGUUCAGGAGGCGAAACCCGAAAUGGGUCUCCACGGGCUGACGCCGUGUGCUCCUGACGGCGCCAGAACGGAGCUGCGUGUGUCCGGUUUCUGCGCAGCCGCGCUCCGUCCCCGGCCAGCCCCCGGCUGCUCCGGGCGUUGCGGAGGGUGUGGCUGCUCGCGGAGCCCCACUCGCAUCUCCUCCCGCAAAUCCAAGACGAGUCCCGUCUGCGAGCGCUGAGCAGAGUCCCUCCCUCUGCAGGAGGUGCCGCGGCCGGGCUGGGGUAGACGCGGGCAUCUUCAGGGCGCGCUCUGCCUGCGCCCUCUGCCCGCCUCCCACACCCUGGAGAAGCUGAGAACCGUGCAGCCCACAGCGUGUUUGGGAUCCUGUAUCUUUUAAAAUCACAAAAUAUUACAGAAGAAUCCCAGUCGGGAGAGCUGGCCAGGCUGGGGCGCACCUGGUGACAACCAGCUAGGGCUCUGCUUCGCGCGGGUUACCCAGUGCGCACCUCUCCGAGGUCCCCGCCUGGAGGCCGCCUGUCGGGUGCUGCAGGCCGGUGCCCGGGGGUGCUGCUCUGGGGAAGAGAAGACUCCUGCUCGUGAGGCUGGAGAGCGGUGUGGCAGCCCAGCGUGUGUCCUCCAAGGCCUUCCUGUUCCAGAAGAGAGGAUUUGUUUGUUGUUCCGCUUCAGGUGCUGCCCUGCCCCCACGUUCCUCUAUGUAAGGCGGCUCCCACCCAGUUACCGUGGCCUCGUGACCUGGGGGGGUCCUGCGAAGGAGCCCCAUGUCGGUCACCGUGUAGCCUCCGUCUGUCCUUGGACUGCCACCAACACUGCUGUCCCUAGCAAGGACCCCAGGUGGCCUUUGUGACCAAGGACACUAACCCAGCCAAGUCCCUGCCCUGUGCCUCAGAGGGGCCGGCCCGAGGAGCCCUGCUCCUCACCGUGCGGUGAUUCAGGGUCCUGUGUGCCUCCCGCGCCUCCCUUGCAGUGGGGCCGUGGACACCCGCGCCUCCUCCAGGCCUGGGCCCCUGCCAGAAGGGGGCGGUCCCCAGGAAGGGCCCCUGGGGACAGGCGCUGCCAUGGCGCAGCCUUGGUAAGGAGCGAGGGCUGUGUGUGGGGCUGCGAUGUUACCUAGAAAUAAUUUAUUUAUGGAGAGACUUUUUAAGUAGCAUUUUAUUCAUUUCCUAUGCUUUUUUAAAAAUAAAACA